UGUGAGAACUCCAGGCUGGUGAGCUUCACCUCAGUUCCAGGGGUAACCAUGGAUCAGAUCAUCCUGGAAGGUAUGUUAAGGCACAUGAGGGAUGAAGAGGUGAUCCAGGACAGCCAGGGUGGCUUCCGCAAGGGAGGGACAUGCCUGAUCAACGUGGUGUUCUUCUCUGAUGGAGUGACGGCAUCAGUGGACAAAGGGAAGGCAAUUGAAGUCAUCUAUCUGGACUUCUGCAAGGCCUUUGAUGUGGUCCCCCACCACAUUCUUAUCUCUAAAUUGGAGGGAGAUGGAUGUGAAGGGUGGACUAUUGAUUGGAUAAGGAAUUGGUUGGAAGGUUGCAGCCAGAGUCUUGCGUUCAAUGGCUUUACAGCCAGGUGGAGGCCGGUAAUGGGAGAUGUCCCGCAGGGGUCCAUCUUGGGUCUAGUACUCCUUAACAUCUUUACCUAUGACAUAGAUGAUGGGAUUGAGUACACCCUCAGCGUGUUUGCUGAUGACAUCAAGCUGAGCAGUGCAUUUGAUACAGCAGAAAGAAGGGACGCCAUCCAGAGGGUGUUUGCUCUGCGAGAAAGUUCUGGCCUUGAGAACCCGAGGAGGAUCAACAUAGCAAAGUGUGUGGAUUUCAGCUUGGGUCAAGCCAAUCCCAGAUAUGUAUAGAAGCUGGGAGAAGAACUCCUUCAGAGCAGCCCUACUAGGAAUGAGUUGUUCUACAAGUUCUUGCUGAUGAAAAACUGAACAUGAGCCAACUGUUGCUCUUGCAGCCCGAAAGGCCGAUGGUAUCCUGAGUUCCAUCAGAGGAGGGGUGGCCAUCAGGGCACGGGAGGUGAUUGUGCCCAUCUAUUCUGCCCACGAGUUCCCGUCUGGAGUACCAUGCCCCAGUCUAGGGCAUGCCACACACGAAGGAUUUGGAGCUUUUGGAGAGGGCCCAGAGAUGUGCUGCAAAGGCGAUCCAAGAGCUGGAGGGACUGUCCUCUGAAAAGAGGCUGAAGGAACUGGGCUUACUGAGCCUGGAAAAGUGAGGACUGUGGGGAGACCUCAUUGCAGCCUUCUAGUAUUUCAAGGGAGUUUAUACACGGGUGUGUGCACAGCCCAGGAUUGUGGAAGCUGGUGGUGGUCUACGAGAACCUGGAGAGUCUGUGUCCCUCUCCUGCCAGGGAUCUGGCUCCAACUUCAGAAGUUACCA